GGAGGUGUUAGUCCGGGUCAUUGAGCAACUGAGAACAAAAAUAGACCUAUAAAGGUCAUAUGCAAAUCCACUGAUCUCACUAACGCAAUGCUAAACAACUCAGAAACAACACGAGUUUAAAAAACCAUUUGAUUAGUCAGGAUAGAAUGCAGAAACAGCUGCAGAAGUAUAAGCAAGUUAAACAAGCUAUGAAUGUAGUAAGAGGAGGAGGAGUACUGCUUGGUGUUAGGAGUUAUAUACAAGCCACGGCAUUGAUCUUCGGGACAUUGAAAAUUUGAUACCUCGGAUAGAUAUAUUGGGAUAUUUUCAUUUUAACCCUCAUCUUGGACAUCUAAUAUUCUCCAUAGGCCAAUGAUCCACUGUCUUUCCUAUUGAAGUUCUUGCAGCUCAAAUACAAGAUGAAAUUUCGAGCCUUAAUAAUAGAAGCUGCUUCGAUGCGGGACUUUUUAAACAUAUCUUUAAGCUUAUCAAAAUUUUCCAAAACAUGCGUUCUAAGAUUGACGACCAAAAAAAUUUACUUCAUUGUUUCGGAAGAUGAUGGUGGACCUAGAAGACCAUUGGUUUGGUGUGAACUACCCGUAAGCUUCUAUUUUAAAGAGUAUAACAUUGUAGGUGUUAGCGAACUUUAUAAUGAGAUAUUCCUGGAAUUAUCUACAGCAUUGUUAGCGAGGUCUUGUUCAGUACUCAAACAAGACGUUAAAACCUUUAAGAUUAAAUUAACCAAUAAGGACAGUCCUUGUCUUACAUUAGAAAUGGAGUUGGUUUCAGGGGAACAGCAAGGUCGACAAUGUGUCCACGACAUUCCAGUGGAAGUAAUUUCCAGAAAACAUUGGUCAGACUAUCAGGAACCUGGUUAUGAUGAUUUUCAUGUUUCUAUUCAGAUGCCUAAUUUAAGAUCCUUAAAAAAUAUUGUCGAAAAAAUGAAGAAUAUGAGUCAUAGCCUGAUAGUUAAGGCUAACAAAGCUGGAAAGCUAACCCUACAAAUAAAAACCAGUACUGUGAAGCUUUCAGCACAUUUUCCAGGUCUGAACGUUAAUAGUUUUGCAGAAGGACAUGUCAGAGAGAGUGUUUAUGAGGAUGAAGAUGAUAAUAGUGCAGUAUCAUCCACAAUCGACAUAAAAAAAUUUAUCACAUUCUUGACGGGCAUGCAAUUGAAUCACUGCCAAGCAGUAUGUAACAUAGUUCAAGGAAAGAUGGUUAAGUUGUACAUGGAACAACCUGGAGCCUUGGCUUUGCAAAUAUUUUUAACAGAAUUAAACGUUUAGUUUUAUUUA